CGGCUCUCGCAAUUUUAAUCAUCUCGCAGGUUCCCCUCCCUCCUCCGAAGCGUGGGGACAAAGCCAUCGCUUUUCGUCGAGGUCCAUGCGAUGAGCUUUCAUCAUCCUUAAAGAAAUGGUUUCUUUUGGAUCCCACUUGAUGAUUGGUGCUGGAUUCAUCCGACCUUCGUGAUUCCCUUCGGACUAGUCCUAGACCCGGAUCCAGACUAGGCUCUCGAUUAUAGCCUGUCCGAUUGGUGCGAUCUGUUCUGACCUCAGUCAGCUCCAGCAUCCGGUUUGAUUCCCAGGUUGAUACCGAGAAUGUACGUAUGGUUGUCAAAGUGAACGCAUGAAUGGCCGCAUGGAGUCUCUGGGACGGUUAUUCGAGGUUGCACUUGAUCUCGCAAAGCAAUUCAAGUUGGUUCCCGGGGAUUCGUCGAUGCGAAGCUAGUACUCUGUAUUGCAGCGAUGGAUUGGACUAUGGGAGAACGCAACUGAGUACUUUUGUUGGUUCAUUUGCACUCGAUUCCUUGAGACGGGACCUCGAUCUCCGCUUUCCAGCGCCACGAGGUCCGCGCUCUGCAUGCAAACCUGUUUGUUGGAAAGAAGCUCGUGAGGAGUUGACCGGGUCCUCCAUCAUUCAGAUUGAGGCAAAAGCUAAGUCAGAGCAUUUCCAAGUGCUCUGACUUAGCUUCCGAGGGGCUGGACUUCGUUGUUCUGUCGUGAGACAGGUACGUGGGUGGGGCAUGCUCAGCGCUGGGCCUGAUGCAUCCGAAUCAGAUCACAAGUCCUUAGCGAGAGGAAUGGAAUAUGAGAGAUUUGUAACUUCUGCCGAUCGGACUUCUCACUGCUACUCGGUACUUUUUCUUUGUUUUCGUUUGGAGUGAGCACAUCAUUGUGGCGUAAGACUAGUGAGGAGCUACAGGUCAAGUACAGUCGUUGAUUGCAACGAACCCGUUCAGUCAUUGCUGGACCUCCCAUAAACAAACAGGCCGUUGCGCUGCCCUUGAUGUAUCAACAAUGUACAUGAACUGCAGUCAACACAUUAGUCCCCUCUCUCUCU